AUGCUCGAAGAACACAAACAAAAUAAUGAAGCAAAACUGUUACAACUAGAGACGGGUAAAAAGAAGAGUAUCAUCAAGUCAUUCAUCUCACGUGUAUUCUCUAUCAAACUUUGUCUUUCUCUGAUUAUUAUGUUAUUGAUUAUUAUUUCCACAAUAUCAAUUUUUGUUGCUACGAUUGUUUUGCAAGGCGCAUCCAUUGAUGAAUCAACACAAAAACUAGGAAAUCAAAUCAAGCUUAGAGCUGCUGAAUAUUUAAAUAACUUUAUUAGAUAUCCAUUCCAAAUUACGGAGGGUAUUGUCAGAAGAAUAUCAAAAUUAGAUAAUUUGAGCCCUGAUAUGGAUGACUGGGGAAGGAGAAUUGAAGAAUUAAUUUCUAGUGUUGCAAGCUUUGAAAUCAGCUAUGCUUCUUUCUUAGCAGAUGAUUAUUUCUUUGGUGUUUCAAGAAACACUGAUUCCCCAACACUUACCUAUCAACUGGAAUACUAUUCGAAUGGCAUGUAUUAUAAGCCAAUAUAUUUGGAUAAGAACUUUGACUAUACACUGACUAAAGAACAAAAAGGAACAAUGUCGAUGGACAUAUUUGAAUGGUGGACAACUGCAAAACAAACCAAGAAGAAGAGUUUUAGCAAAUUGUAUGCCACAAACAAGAGCUCUGUUUGGCUUACUGCCUCUCAUCCUGUCGUUAAUGCAACCACAGGAGAGCUUGCAUAUUUAAUUACAACAGAUCUUACAAUGCUCGACCUUAGUUCAUAUUUGGAAAGUAUUGUAAUCAGUCCUAAUUCAUAUAUUUAUGUCAUUUCAGCAGCAACAUCUGAAAUGAUUGCAUGUUCUAAAUCAUCAAACGAAACAUUAUAUGUUUACAAUACUCUUGCUCCACAACAUCUUGAAAGAAAGAGGUUGUAUGAAAGUUCAAAUCAUAUAGUUAAAGCUGUUGGUGAAACUUUACGUAAAAAGUAUAAUAACAAUCUUCAAAAUUUUACAGGUACUGAAAGAGUAGUGGUGGAUGGAAAUACGUAUCUUCUUAACAUGGUAGCUGUUGAAGACAAGCUCAAUUUAGGGUUGAAUUGGAAUGUUCUUGUUAUCAUGUCAGUAGAUGACUUUAUGAGUUCUGUCUAUCUAAUCAGAAAUAUUGUGCUGAUAGCUGAUGGUGUUAUUUUGUGUUUGUCUUUAGUUAUUGCAAUUGUUGUCAGUAUGUUGAUCACAAAUCCUCUUGUUUCUCUUGGAAAUGAUAUGGAUGCUCUUGGUAAAGGCGAGUUCAAGGUAAUGAAAAAGAAAAAAUUGAUUCUUUUCCAUGAAGUCAAAAAGCUCAGAAACCACUUCUCUAAAAUGUCAUCUGCAGUUGAUGGUUUCAUGAAGUAUGUUCCAAGAGAAAUUGUCUCCUCUUUCAUUGGAAGUGAUGCAAAAACUUUCAAAUUGGGUGUUGAAUCAAAGCACAUUGCUAUUCUCUUUUCAGAUAUCAAGAACUUUACAACUAUUUGUGAAGCAACAGAACCAACUGUUUUGAUUACUAUUCUUGGAAAAUAUUUUGAAUUGACUUCAGAAGUUGUAUAUAGAAAUAGGGGAGUUUUAGACAAGUAUAUUGGUGACUCUUUGAUGGCACUCUUUGGUGCUCCAGAUACCUAUGAAAAUUAUGUCUUUCAUGGUUGUAAUGCAGCUUUUGAAAUGCAAACAGCUCUUCAACCAUACAAUGAUCAAUUACAUAAGGAGGGAAGAGAUACAUUGUACACUAGAGUUGGAGUUAGUUGUGGAGAUGUUUUGGUUGGUAACAUUGGUUCAUCAUUUCGUUUGUCCUAUACUUGUUUGGGAGACUCUGUCAAUCUUUCUUCGAGAUUGGAAGGUUUGAACAAGGUAUAUGGAACAAAUAUCAUGGUUUCUGAAUUCUGCUAUGAAAUUGUUAAAGACCUCUUCCUGUUCAGAACUCUGGAUGUGGUUGCUGUCAAGGGUAAAGUGAAUGGUGUUAAGGUGUAUGAAAUUGUUGGUAGAAAGUGGUCUCCCUUCCAAGGUGAUUCUGUCACUGUUUCUCAAGAAAGGGUUGAAUAUUGUAGAACAUACAAUACUAUUAUUGAAGAUUUGUACUUUAAGAAAAAGUUUGGUGUGGCUGAAAAAGCAUUCAGAGAUUUUGCUGAUAGGUAUGAGCAAGAUUCAGCAGCUCUUGAAAUGGCUUACAGAUGCAGAAGCUAUGUAAAUAAUCCUCCUCCAGAUUCUUGGAAUGGUGUAUAUUUUGCAAAAGACAAGUAA